AUGGAGUUUGCGAAAAUGCAAUAUCGGGCAUUUCCAACCACAACCUCUCCAGGCUAUACUGAGGUUUGUCCGCGUGAUAUACAGAUCAACUUUCCUGUGGCCGCAGUAACUGGGUCAAUAAUUGGAAUAGCGAUUAUUGCCAUUUUCGUCGGGUUUGGGGGCUACAAGUUCCACAAGAAGAGGAAGCUGGAGAAGAGUUUGAAACUAGACGCAGCUGCAUCUGCUGCUUCAUAG